UUGAAUAAGCUUGAGCAUGUAGGUCUCUCAUUUCGAAAGAAGCCACGACAGCUGUUGAUGUUGUUGACAUAAGUCAUAAGGUGAAGAAUAGUUGCUGGUCAUGGUGUAGAAGUAGAUGUAACGAUGAUUGAGGUGUCAGCAUUUUUGCCCCGUGGGUCGGUCUACUUAGCUGGAGAAGUCAUCAAAUGUGUCGUCACCUUCACAAGCAUACCAACUCAUGAGCAAGUGAGAAAGGUCAGUGAGUGUUUGGCAUGGGCCAGUGUCCAGAUCCAUUGUCAGUGUUCUGUCAGUGAAACAAGAGUCCACCUGAUACGUUCUGAGCGGAUGUCCACAGAAGAGGUGUCAACUACAGGCUGUGAUACUUCCUUUGUACCCAGCAAAGGUGAGAGAGGAUUGACAGUACUAUCCUCAAAACCACGGAUAUUAUUUUGUGAUCUCAAACUUGCACCUGGGGAGUCAAAAUCAUUUACUUAUGAGGACACCAUUCCUUCAGAUGCUCCUCCAUCCUACAGGGGUCAAGCUGUUAAGUACUCCUACAAACUGACCAUCGGUGCACAGAAAUUUGACCACCCAACUAAGCUGCUAAGAAUUCCUUUCAGAGUCCUAGUGCUUCAUGGGCUGAAUGACAUCAGUGUGUAUACAGAGAAUGAAGAAGUCAAGCCAUCCAACCCAUUUCUGAAACAACAGCAGCCAGAGAAUACUCUUCUAGACAUCGCCACGCAGAUUCUGGAAACUAUUACUGCCAGGAAAGCUGCACAUUCCUACAAUAUCACGAAUGCCAAAGGAAAUGUAGCCAAGUUUAUUUUAUUCAAGCAAGCCUACAAGUUGGGCGAGGAUAUCGUGGGAGCGUUUGAUUUUACAGAUGGAACAGUUGCCUGUGUACAGUUUUCUGUAACACUUCAAAAUGAGGAACAGAUAUCCGAGGAGUGUCGGCGUAAGCCAGGUCAGGGUACGGCUGUGACAUCAUUUGUGAAACACCAUGAAAUGUGUCUACAUACUGAGAAGACCCACAUUAACAUCCCAGUACCUCUCACAGCCACUCCAGCCUUCAUCACAGACAUAGUGUGUUUGAGGUGGCGCCUGCAUUUUGAGUUUGUCACAUGCUGUGAGCCGAUUCCAGAGUCAGAACGGCCUACAAAUCCAGAUGAGAGUGCUUCCUGGAGAGGUCCUCCAACACUUAAUGUGGAAACAAUGAUCUGGGACUUGCCUAUUAAGAUAUUUCCGACUAAUCCACUUCAUGCAUCUAGUGUUACAUGUACAAAACCAAUAUCAAAUGUACAGAUAUAGUUAUGACUAAUGAAAAUGAUGGCUCCAGUAGAUUGCUAGUAGUAUGGAAUUAGACUCGAUUUCCUAGGAAAGUCUUGCAAUGUUUUUUGGUCACCUGGCCUGACCAAGUCUUUGUCUGACAUUGUGGAUCAUAAACUUCAAACAUUUUUAUGAGCACUGGUCCAGUUGACUCAUAUUUCAAAAAUCUUCUUUUUAAUACCUUACAUGGUAGAAUCAAAUACACUUAAUGGAUGGAAGAGUUUUAAGGUGAUGAACCAAAAUUUUGAAUUUCAUUACCCAAGGGGAGAGGGUUAAUAUUAUCAGAAUAUUUAUAGGAAAAUGACAUUUUUGAGCAUAAUUUAUUUAUUUUCCAUCGGAAUUAACUAGGUUGGAAUUAUUAGCUUAAGAUGACAGUAUGCACAUAUUGACCCAGACUGGCCCCAAGUGGCUGGUGGGCGAUACCAAAUUUGGUAAGAUUGUCAUAGAUGUAAAAUAUAUUUUAAGAUCCAGAUAAAGUAGAAUCAAAUACUCUUUAUGCAUGAAAGGGUCUUAGCAUUUAUAGAACCCAAAUGACCAUUAAGGCCCAUAGGUCUCUUGUUUCUGAGUUCAGAUAAUUUGAUGGUAUAAUCACCAUUGUUCAUAAAUUAUUGAGGCCAGUAUACAUCUACAUGUGGAUCAUGGAAUAAACGAGGAAAGUUGUGGACAUGUGCAAUAUUUCACUUCCUUUUCAUACAAUCUGAGGUUGAAGUCCGUCUGGACCAUUACUAUGAGGAUUUAUUGAUUAAGAACAAAAAAGUUGAAAUAGAGUUUGAGCUGUCUGUGUCUUAACUUAACCAUUAAUGCAUGCAAAAUACAUCAACUUGAUUUGUUUGUCUUGUACUUAUGGAAAAGCAGUAACAUUGCAUUAUCAUGCUGUGAAUCGAGAUUAUUUGCAUGCUGGUGUAAAUUGAUCCUGAAUAAUUUAAUUUAAAUAUCUAGAUCAUUGUUUACAUUUAUUUUACUUUUAAGACCUACCUCAAUAUUGUAUAGAAUUGUUGAACAAUAUUCUACAUACAUUCUGGGAAAUCUCACUAUCACAAACACAGGUCUUGGAGCAUUGAUUGUGUUCCUUUUAACUGAUAACUAGCAAAAUUUGUAGCAGUAUAGGUUAAGAAAGUUUGUAAUUCUUUAGGUAAAUUAUCUUGGGUUCUAGGUAUGCAGCACUCAACAAAACAUGUCAGUAAAUGUUUAUGAGUAUUUACGUUAAUUUUGUGGUUGUAAAAUAAUGAUUUGAUAGCUUUAGCUAUGAAGUGUGUAUAGAUUCCUUGUUAAAACAUGUCAUAAACAUUUUUACUUUAAAUAUUAAAUAUUUAACAGAGUUGAAAUAAGUGUUGGACUUUCUAUCCAGGAAAGUGCUAGUAAGAGGAACGCUGGUGGUGUUGCUACUCAAGUUAUAAAAAUGUUUCUUUAAGAUUUCUCAUUAGAAUGGAGACUACUGUUAAGGAAAACCUUCAGAAAAAGUCUCAAAUAGAAAACUUACCACCUUAUUGUAUAUAACUUACUAGUCAUUUGUCUGACGAGGACAAAGGUGUAAUUAUCAAAAUGUCACAAAGAUUUUGCAAUUGGGCUAUGGCACUAUAACCAGUCUUAUUUAUGACCCUGAAGAAAAGCUUUCACAAAGCUGUGUUGAAUUUUUUCUAAACCCAAGUGAUACUUGAACUUUUCAUUUGAAACUUUUCUCAAGUUAAGGUAAGUUUGUGAAAUUGGAGUAAGACAGUAGUGUAAAUUCAUAUUUUCAGAUCUCUCGCUUUUCAAAGAUAAAGUUUGAUAUUAUUUUUGGGAUGUGUGUCUGUCCGUCCCACUGUUUUUGUAUAAUAAAUGUCAUCCUCGAUACUGCAGGGGUUGCAAUCACUUUUGCUCUCUGCACCCCUGGAUUAUGUCAUUGCAAAAUUGAAGGUUCGAUGUGCUUCAAAAUGCUACUCUUUCUUAAUGCUUGAAUGGAUUUCAAUCAAAUUUAGACUAAACAUCACUGGGAGUGUGGAAUCAUUUCUUAGAUUCAGAAAGUUGAUACAACUUAGUGGAUGGGAAUGACCUUGAUCAACUUGAAAGGUCACAUAUCAAAUAUGUUAAAACAUUUAAAUGACUUUUUCUCAAUAGCCAAAAGGUGUAGGAUGAUGAUAUUUGGCCUGUAGCAUGCUAGGAUGAAGGGCUACCAUCUUUGUUAAUAUGAAAGACAUUAAACCACUUUCAAGGUCACAGGUAUCCAAUGUGUUGAAAUGUUGAAAUGACUUCUUUUCUAUAAAUAAAAAGUCUAGGGUCUUGAUAUUGGGUCUGUGGCUUGCUUUUUCAACAAGCAAUAUGUCCAAAGUAAUGGCAACUAUGUAUUGUAUGUAUAAAGAAUAUGAUUUCAAUUUUGCAGAAAAUUUCUUGAUGAACCAACAAUGUGUUCCAUGUAAGCUGUAGAAUAAUUAAGCAAUUUAUUUUAGGCCUAUUUUGCAACUUUCAUAAAUACGUCUUUAUAGUCAGAUGACUGUUAAAACGCAUGUGCCUCUUGUUUCUCAUGGGAUCCAAAUUACUUUGCAUGUGCCUUCAAUUUUGCCAUGAGAUGUUCCAGGGGUGCAGAGAGUGAAAGUGAUCGUAACCCCUGGAAUAUCGAGGAUGGUUCCAUGAGUACAGAGAGUGAAAGUGAUUGUAACCCAUGGAGUAUCGAGGAUGGUUCCAGGGGUACAGAGAGUGAAAGUGAUUGUAACCCAUGGAGUAUCGAGGAUGGUUCCAGGAGUACAGAGAGUGAAAGUGAUUGUAACCCCUGGAAUAUCGAGGAUGGUUCCAGGAGUACAGAGAGUGAAAGUGAUUGUAACCCAUGGAGUAUCGAGGAUGGUUCCAGGGGUACAGAGAGUGAAAGUGAUUGUAACCCAUGGAGUAUCGAGGAUGGUUCCAGGAGUACAGAGAGUGAAAGUGAUUGUAACCCAUGGAGUAUCGAGGAUGGUUCCAGGGGUGCAGAGAGUGAAAGUGAUUGUAACCCAUGGAGUAUCGAGGAUGGUUCCAGGAGUACAGAGAGUGAAAGUGAUUGUUACCCAUGGAGUAUCGAGGAUGGUUCCAGGAGUACAGAGAGUGAAAGUGAUUGUAACCCAUGGAGUAUCGAGGAUGGUUCCAGGAGUACAGAGAGUGAAAGUGAUUGUAACCCAUGGAGUAUCGAGGAUGGUUCCAGGAGUACAGAGAGUGAAAGUGAUUGUAACCCAUGGAGUAUCGAGGAUGGUUCCAGGAGUACAGAGAGUGAAAGUGAUUGUAACCCAUGGAGUAUCGAGGAUGGUUCCAGGAGUACAGAGAGUGAAAGUGAUUGUAACCCAUGGAGUAUCGAGGAUGGUUCCAGGGGUGCAGAGAGUGAAAGUGAUUGUAACCCCUGGAAUAUCGAGGAUGGAUAAAUGUAAACGGAUUUUUAUCAGUUUUGGUUUGCAUGUGUCUUGAUAACACUUCAUUUCUGAAUAAAAUGUCAUUAAUUGAGGUUUAUGCAUGAUUAAAAAAAGUACUUCAUUUCUGAUUGGCCAAUAGGUUUCUGUCAAUAAUUUGCUAAAUGUAAAGGUAUCAAGCUUCUGAUUGGCCUAUAGAUUUUCAUGCUAAAACUUUGCUAAAUGUCAAUGAAUUACAAGGACAUUCUGUUUAAAGAUGAUCUUACCAACAUUUAAAGAAAUUUUAGCUUAAGGAACCAAUAAAAGUGGGAGUUGUAAAUCCACAAAUUUGUUUGUCUUUGUGGUUUGAAGCCAUUUAGAUUGUUUUGUGGUACAAUUGUUCAUUGGUGCUGCAAAUAAAACUAAUUCCCAUUAAAUAGAUCAACGAAAUCUGUCCUUUUUUAAUUAAAACUGAAAUCAAGAAAAUCUCAAAUACUUUCAAACUUCAGGACAAGUGAAGGUUGUAUCUGAACAGUAUCUGGAUUAUGUAUCUAAUAUACAUUCAAAGUAGAUAUGAGGAGAAUGUUUCUGUGUUUAUUUUCUCUGUAAUGGUGCUUGAAAUGUGUGAUAAUCAUUUCUUGACUGUAAAGAUGAGUAUGGGACCACCUCAGACAUUUCAUUUUACAGUCUGUUAAAACGAUGGACAAACACCUUUAAGAGACUUAUAACUUUCAUCACAUUGUCCUACAUGUACAUAUAAUGAUUAAGGGCAAUUGGUUUUGGUUAAAUAUAUGUAUUUGAAAUUUUCAUGGAAGUAUAUACAUAUAUACCGGUGCCAUUGUAAGUGUGUUUUUAUAUACGACCGUGGUAUUUUGUCCUAUCUGUUCUGUAUCAAUAGGAUGGAAGUGGGGACUUCAUGUGUUAAACACAUUUUGGAAUUUGAUGUAUGUUUAUUUACAAGUGACCACCAGUAUUUUAUUUGUACUUGUUAUCUGUAUAUAGGAAAUUGGCAGGAUACAUUCUUGUCAAAUAAUAUUUCAUAUGAUCAAAGGAGACAUGAGGUUUGCAUGUCUUCAUCUGUUCUUCUAUCACGAAAGCUGCUUCCCAAGGCCAUAUCUGUCAUUCUGUUUUACAAGGAGUUAGGAACAAAUUUAGAAUUUUUAUAUACCUGAAGAAGGUUACAUAGCUAAUUCCAAUAUUAUCUCUGUCUAGCGCUGUUGUUUUUGUGCUCCAGUGGAGACAAUUCAAGAUUACAGCAUGUAAAUACAAAAUACACUCAAAUCUUUAAUAUUAACAUGUAAAUGUCAAUAUGAAAGUGCAAGAUAGGAACAAGAAAAUUUGAUUCAAAGUUCGUUAAUUAGAAUAUUUUGUCCUGAGACUGCACGAUAGAGACAAGACUAAGGACUUCUUACUUGUUCACUUUUUUUCAUAAACUCUCACUCACUCCUUGCCUUUUGUCUUUAAUUUAUUGGUCCUCCAAGAAUGGUCAUAUCAAUGACAUACAUUUUAUACAAAGAAACUAGAUGCUGUGUAAACUCACAAUGAUGAGGAAAACAAAUGUAAAAAUAAAUAUUUGAAAAAAGUACCUCCAACUCCAUGUCAACAACCGCAAUUAACUGAAUCAGUUUUGUGCAGAUAGUUACCAUGGUAAUAAAAGGAAGUAUAACAGUUA